AUGGAAUUACCCAGAUUUUCCACAGUUCCACAUGCGUGCCAGAAUUCGCAUGAGGCACCAGGGCUCACCAAAACAGUUGACGAGAGUGGGAUUCGAACCCACGCCCCCGAAGGGACUGGUGCCUUAAACCAGCGCCUUGGACCGCUCGGCCAUCUCGCCACAUCUCAAUUCCGGAAGGCAGCAGUUCAAAUGGAAUUCCCAGAUUUUCCACAGUUCCACAUGCGUGCCAGAAUUCGCAUGAGGCACCAGGGCUCACCAAAACAGUUGACGAGAGUGGGAUUCGAACCCACGCCCCCGAAGGGACUGGUGCCUAAAACCAGCGCCUUAGACCGCUCGGCCAUCUCGCCAUACAUACUCGUCGAAGGCAGCAGUUCAAAUGGAAUUCCCAGAUUUUCCACAGUUCCACAUGCGUGCCAGAAUUCGCAUGAGGCACCAGGGCUGACCAAAACAGUUGACGAGAGUGGGAUUCGAACCCACGCCCCCGAAGGGACUGGUGCCUUAAACCAGCGCCUUGGACCGCUCGGCCAUCUCGCCACAUCUCAAUUCCGGAAGGCAGCAGUUCAAAUGGAAUUCCCAGAUUUUCCACAGUUCCACAUGCGUGCCAGAAUUCGCAUGAGGCACCAGGGCUCACCAAAACAGUUGACGAGAGUGGGAUUCGAACCCACGCCCCCGAAGGGACUGGUGCCUUAA